AUGUAUGUGAAAUGGUUUGAUACAGUAAUGGUUUACUAUGUUAUUUUAGUGAUUUUAGUGAAUGUCACUUUUUGUCAUUUUUUAAUUUCCUGCUGUUCCGUCCCCCGUACGUCCCGACGCUCGCAGGGGACAGAACCCAGAUGACAGAUGCCGGCAUCCGCCGGAUUACAUUGCUGGGGACACCACAGGAGGGACAUCGCGGGAGCGCAGGACAAGGUAAGUGAUCGAGGGAUCGCGGAGUAACGCUGCAUGGUAAGCCCGAGUGUAGCUCGGGGUUACCACUUGUGCUACACUCGGGAAUACCGCCAAGGAGGUUAAG